GAUAAAUAUAGUUGGACUCACCUAGCAAAACUCCCUAACUUAUCUUACUAAUAUAUAGCAUAACAUUAUAUACUCUUCCCAUUAUAUAUAGAAAUUCAUUAUUGUUAGUUUGUAACUAGUACAGUUAUAUUAGUGUUGUAACAAAUUGGAUUUGGUUUGAUAAUUAUUUGCAAAAAAGAUGACAUUGUCGUCGGCCAACGGACAUGUUUCGUUGUCCAUGGCCAGAAGCGUGGCGUCGAGUAAGAGGGACUGGAGAGAGGUGAAGUUUUGCAAUGGGGAAUUGAUGGGGCUGAAAUUGAAGAAUAAUUCAUCCAAACAAACUCUUCAAGCUAACAAGAAGGCGGUUCGGCGACGUGUGUGCAUGUCGCUUGCUACUGAUGUUGCUUCUGUAGCUAAGCUUAAGGAUGUUGAACAGGAGAAAACAAGCGCAAAAUCUGUAGCAGCGAUAAUAUUGGGAGGGGGUGCAGGCACUCGUCUUUUUCCAUUGACAAAACGUCGUGCAAAACCAGCAGUUCCCAUAGGAGGAGCAUACCGGCUGAUAGAUGUACCAAUGAGUAACUGCAUAAACAGCGGCAUCAACAAAAUCUAUAUUCUGACACAAUUCAACUCUGCCUCUCUCAACAGGCACCUUGCUCGAGCUUACAACUUUGGCAGCAGUGGCAACUUUGGAGAUGGCUAUGUUGAGGUUCUUGCUGCCACACAAACUCCAGGUGAUGCAGGCAAAAAAUGGUUCCAGGGUACUGCUGACGCUGUAAGGCAAUUUGGCUGGCUUUUUGAGGAUCAAAGGAGUAAGGAAAUUGAGGAUGUUCUGAUUCUUUCUGGAGAUCACUUGUACAGAAUGGAUUACAUGGACUUCCUCCAGAACCAUCGCCAAAGUGGAGCUGAUAUCAGUAUUUCUUGCCUGCCAAUGGAUGACAGCCGUGCCUCAGAUUUUGGUUUAAUGAAGAUUGAUGACAAGGGGAAAGUUUUGUCCUUCAGUGAGAAACCUAAAGGAGAAGAUUUGAAAGCUAUGGCAGUUGACACAACUGUUCUAGGACUAUCAAAAGAAGAAGCUCAGAUUAAACCCUAUAUUGCAUCUAUGGGUGUAUACAUAUUCAAAAAAGAAAUACUUCUUAACCUAUUAAGAUGGCGAUUCCCAACUGCAAAUGACUUUGGAUCAGAAAUUAUUCCAGCUUCUGCUCGAGAAUACUACACCAAGGCUUACCUUUUUAACGAUUAUUGGGAAGAUAUUGGAACAAUCAGGUCCUUCUUUGAGGCAAAUCUUGCCUUGACAGAACAUCCUCCAAGAUUUAGCUUCUAUGAUGCAGACAAACCAAUGUACACAUCAAGGAGAAAUUUGCCUCCUAGCAAGAUCGACAAUAGCAAGGUUGUUGACUCGAUCAUAUCCCAUGGAAGCUUCUUGAACAAUUGUUUCAUAGAGCAUAGUGUGGUUGGAAUCCGAUCUCGCAUCAACUCUAACGUCCACUUAAAGGAUACAGUAAUGCUCGGUGCUGAUUACUAUGAGACAGACGCUGAGAUUACAUCACAGUUAGCUGCGGGAGCUGUUCCCAUUGGAAUAGGGGAAAACACAAAAAUCAAGGAUUGCAUCAUCGACAAGAAUGCCAGGAUUGGAAAAAAUGUUAUAAUUUCAAAUACAGAGGGGGUACAAGAGGCAGACAGAACAUCUGAAGGGUUCUAUAUUCGUUCUGGCAUCACCGUCAUAUUUAAGAACUCAAUCAUCAAAGAUGGGACUGUAAUAUAACAAAUAAUACCCCACCAAGCCCUUCUUCCAGGAAGAGAUAUGAAGAUGAAGACCCAAAAAUUAUGUUAAAGACCAUGGAGCAUCAGGGGAGAAUUUUUUUUGUCUGCAUGCUGAGUAAUGUCAUGGAAACUUCAGUAGCAAGUGAAAAGGCUACAUUAUUCGCCAACUGUCAAAUUUUCCAAUGGGAAACCAAAAGGCCAAAUUGUUCUUUAUAAGUCAUUGCUUAGUCAAAGAAGAGUACAUACAACUCAAUAAACUUCUAGUAGCUAGAAAGUAUUAAAGUUACAACCAUUUUCAACACUCCAAAAACAAGUGAUUAAUCGUUUACACUAAGAACAUAUCUACACAUGCAAAUCUAUUA